CAGUAAAGAGUACGACUUUGAUCUACCGGAACAUAUUAUGAUGCUAACGGAUUGGUCUGAUAUAGUAGCCGUGGAAAUAGCACUUAAGGCCAAUGUUCCUGCUAUGUAUCCAAGAACCCCGUCAAUUACUAUUUUGAUGAAUGGUAAAGGAGAAAGAAUUGACUUCUUUGACGAAAGUGGUCAGGCUUACAAAACACCCAAAGCAAUGUUUGAAGUUGAAGCAGGCAUGAGGUACAGGGUGCGACUGAUUGGUGCAUUUGUGGCAGCUUGCACAACUGAAUUUUACAUUGAAAACCACAAUAUGACCAUAAUUGGUACAGACGGCCACGAGACAAUCCCGCACGAAAUAGGUUCUUUAAAAAUAGGAUCGGGGGAAAGGUACGACUUCGUGCUACAUGCCAACGCAGUGCCAUCAACGUAUUGUAUUCAUGCCGUUGGUUUAAAAAACAGUUCGUGUUUAACUUAUUCAACUUACAUCUUGAAAUACAAAUCGAGUUCCUUGGAUGUCCCAGUAUGUAGAGAAGAUGAUCUACAACCUGUACCGCAUUACAUGGGAUCAGAUUCCAAUGGGCUUUUCUCCUCGAUUGACCUUGUUUCUUUAGGUAAGAUAUUGACUUAUUAACAAAAUUGUCUCAUGGUCAGUUGCAAGUUGGUUGGUUCGCAUCUUUGCCUGUUCGUGAAAACACAAGUUGGCCUAUCCAUAAAUACGCUUGUUUUCCCACAAGCAGGCACAAGCAAUUUUUUGUUUGUUUUACAAACCAUCAAAAUGUUUAUGAUCAUUUUUAUCAUUCUAAAAUAUCCAUCCUGCUACUUGCAAUGUUGUUGAUAAAACCAGUUUACGUAAAAUCGCUGCACUAUCUCUACAAUGUUUUCACUCCAAUCGUUCACUGCAUUUCGCUGUCCCGUCCGUCCCGCGACGCAAUCGGAAUAGAUGCUAUUCGAACGAACAGUAAGCGUCAGUAAACCAGCCUUUAGAGUGCUCGACUAUGAGGGCGCUAGAGAACCACCCGAAAGAUUUCUGUAGGACUAUGUGGCUAGGCCUAAUUUUAGACUGACCUACAUUCACCUCGUAAUAUAUAUAUUAUAAUUUAACUGGUAAAAUGUCAACCACUGGGUUAAAUGCAUAGUUCAGUAGCAAAUCAGUAGUUAUAAAACUUGAAACUCAUUUCCCUCUCUUUGAAAAACGUCUUUUUUGUAAAUAUAUUUGUUUUACGGGAUUUUAGGUCGGACAGAUCUGGGAAUUUUUAAAAACGGUUUGUAUUAAUUUUAAGAAUUUCAUUUUUUAUUUAUGUAAAGGAAAACCACCUAUAUGUAUGGAUAAAAUAAUUUCCGUGUAUGUUUUUAAUGCAGCUAAAUGUAAAGGGAAAAUUAGGAGCGGAUUUAAGGGGGAGGGAGAGGCCCGGCUUCUUUUGGAAAGUAAAAAAAAAAAAAAAAAAAAAACAAAAAAAAGAAGGAAAAAAUAAUCGCUCCAAUCGCCUCAAAAAAAAAAAAAAAAAAAAAAAUCGGAGGCAUGCCCCUGGACCACCUAGGGUGGUGUUAUCUCGGUCGGCCCCACUUUAUGCGGCUAGACCCCUUUCGGCCCCCACUUUCGGACAUCUCUGGAUAUGCCCCUGAAGGUAAUGCUGUAUUCAUCAUUAAGCGUAGGGGAAUGAGCUGUUAAGAGCCCAUCGUACUAAGCCUCGGAAUACUGUGUAGGGUGGUCAGUUCCUUUCCUCGUCGCCUUAAAAAAUCAGUGUGGAAAGGUGGUGGGUGUGUGAAGAGAGACAAAUUUAGGUAAUGUGUCUUGUCCAAAGAUAGGAGUGAAAUCGUAUCUGUGAAAUGCACAGCAAAGUUUGAAAACCCGUCCUCUAAGUUGAGAGACCGACGAAAAGCAACCGUUGCGUCAACCGCUCACACAAUAAUUUCAUAA